CCGUGUGCCUCUGCAGCGGCGGUCGACGCCUAUUUUUAUCUGCGCACAUCUCUCGUUAUCUGCAGUCCGCUGUCUCUCGUUUUCCCUUUUCUGUCUGCCUCGUUCACUUCCACGUUUGCGCAUAGCCGUUUAUUAUUUCUCGAAAAUGACUCCGUUCUCGAAACGUACAUGCAGUUGUCCUUAUACAUCGAUAAAUCCAGAGUUUCCCCCUUCGCGAGGCAUCUCCUCUCCGGCUCGCUUUUAAACUGGAUACCCCCUUUUUCUGAGCCUCGGAGCGGGCGGACAGCCGGUAAGCUGCAAUAAGUUAGAGGGAGGAACCAGGCGUUUCCGGGCGCACUUCUGCCUUUCUAUCCCGCUUCACCUUUCAGCUUUUCUCUACUUCCCUUUUCAAAGGUGUGCGCGUGUGUGUUUUCUUUUUUCGACUUGGCUCAGCUGGUGCGAUACGUGACACGCGACCGGGCUCGCUUCUGUGUACCAUGCAUAGACCGUCUACUUGACUUGUUGAGCUUCUCGCCUGUGUGUACGAAUUAUCCCGAGAUUCGUUAUAAAUUUAUUCGAUGCUCGAAUAGUAUUAUCCAAGCCUUGAUAAAUUAAGAGGGCAUCGAGUGGAGAUGUAAAAUGUGCUUACCAAGACAUUUCAAGAAAUUUCGAAUUUUCGCUUCGCACGAAAGCGAAAACAAGCGACGAUAACAUAAUGAUCACGACACAUAAUAAACCGAGAGCUUACGCAGACACGAAGUCGUGGAAAAACAGAGACAUGCAUUAUCGUUACUAUACUUCAUACCAUUUACUUGACUUCGUUUCUAGCAGAUAAAGACGAAAUUUCGAAGCUCUUAAAAAUCGAUUUGAAAUUCGAAAAAAUCGUCAAAGUCAUAAGCGCGUAGACGGCGUAGAUUUAAAUCUGCGCUUCGUGCGUCUGCUUUAAAUUUCUCCAAAGAGCGAGAGAGCCAACGGCCCCGGAACGUCUUCCCGUUUUUUCCUCUUCCCCUCUCGUCGUAUGUCGCUUCCUUCCGAUACGCGGGCACAUACACACAUACAGACACGUGACCGGCUAAAGCGGUGGCACGCGACAGAGAUCGAGCGAACGCUCGCUGAUGCGACGGGGGCACGACGACGUCCCGAGAGGCUAUAUUUAAAGACUCGCAGAAGCGAUGCGCUCGGAAGAUAAUUGCGAGAAAAAUCGUUUGUUGAUGUGGGUUUGGCAUUUUUUUCAAGUACGCGUCGUUUAGAACUCUAUUACAAGCGCAGCAUCUUUCAAUAAUGCGACUACAACGCGAUGUACAGUCACGAUUGUCAUUAUUUUUCACCGAUUGCUCCGUCUACUAAAAAGCAGCAGGAAUUGCGCUCGUCGCGAGUCAGCCACGCCCACGCGUGUGCAAACCAGCGCGAAGAGCAGAAAUGAGCUUGCGAGCUUUGUCGAAUCGUUAGGUGGCCGGACGCGGCUUGCGCGAAAAGCACGAGCGAGAGGGUAUUAGAGAGAUUUGCGUCAGCGCGCGAGAGGCUUUAUUUUCGGACGGGCCGACGAUGUAUAGAGAGAGAGAGAGAGAGAGAGAGAGAGAGAGAGAGAGAGAGAAAGGCUUGCGCCGAAAACGUGACACCUGUUUGCUCUCGAUGAGCUUUCCUUUAUUUUUCGCUGUCGCUUGUUUUCCCGUUUAUCGCAACCGUUCGCUCUUCCGAGCAUUAGAAUCGAAAAGCUCAAACAGUUGGCUCGCACUCCAUGCUCGAGGUCUCUAAAGUCCCGAGAAAUCACGUGUGCGCUCGUAAAAUUCCCCCGCGAACGCGGAGCCUCGUCGAUUGAUCAUCAACAGACAAAUCGCUUACGUAAGCUUCGCCAAAGCUUUACAAUGUACGCCCGAGCUUUUGACGUUAUACAACCCGUAACACCGUCUCAGCAAACAAACAAAGGCUCGGGCGUCUUAUGCAGAUCCCCGGAAAAAUUUUCAUAAGCUCCUGGCGGCACUUGGCGCAGAUUCACGCGCGCGCGCGCGUUCUUAAAAGCCGUACAUGCGAGAGCCGAAGAAGCAGGUUGCGGCUCGAGCGGUGGUUUCUCUAUAACACUCUCUCUCUCUCUCUCUCUCUCUCUCUCUCUCUCUCUCUCUCUCUCUCUCUCUCUCUUUCUCUCUGGCCAGACGCCAGUCGUUCGCGGGUCGGAUUUAGCCCCGCAACGCUGACUAAGCCGCGAGGCAUUCAUUCAAUCGCGGCUUCUAGAGCUCGAUACGCUAUAUGCCGGGCCAAGCGGCUCGCGAGCUUUGAGCUUUCGGCCGAGCGCACGCUAAGUGGUAGUUGCGCGCGCGCAAACUCGAGUCAAUGAGACUAUUUUUCGAUUUAUAUGCGCUUCCUCGCGGUUUUUCGAUCACGGGAGGGGGACUAUAUACGAGCUUUCUUUUGGUCGUCGGGCCGAGUAUGCUGAACUCGCGCGAAUCUCGGAAAUGUCCCUCGUCGCGUUGGCUGUAUACACACAACGUGUUUGAAAGCGUCGAAAGUAAGUCAUCUGGAGUCGCGAUGAAUCAUGUAUUCGCUGUUUUUUUUCGACGCUGGUGCGGUGAAUAUCGUUUUAAUGGCUUCUUGUUCUUCCAUCUGAUUAUUCCUUCUAAGACGAUGUCGUGUUGAACAUAUUGCAAACGGUAUUACUGGCACCCAUAAUACAUAAAAAUACGCAACAACAGUCAUGAUAAAAUAUAUCCUGAAAACGACAUCAUAGCGAGUGUUGGAACAACGCCGCGAAGCAAAGCCAUAAGGAGUAGAGAGUAAAAAGAGUGAAAGCCGAGGCACACACGGGAGCGAAAUCACACGUCAAUCCAGAAAAUCCGAGUAUCCGCCGCCGAGUGGCGAGCGGCGCACAUUAUGGCACGGCCGGCGGUUCCUUGCUUUACUCCUCGCGCAAAAAGGGCGGAGGCGGCGAAAAUAGAACGCGUCGCCCGCCGUGCGAGAAACGCAAUUUCCUCAGCGACGUGUACAUACAUGUCGCGUGUGUACGUACGUACUUGACGAGGGGCGAGUUCGUAUGCUGCACUAUACUCGAUAAAUCUCGAGUUUCUGUGGACGAGUGUUUUGUUAAUGUGAUCAGCGAAUACGCGAUCGCAAUGAACACAUUUUUCGUUGCGUGUGUUGAAACUUCAACUUCAAUACGUGUGCGAGCUCCUUCCGAGCACGUGUGCGCGCGCGAGAAUUUUCUCAUAGAAAUUUUUGAGAUGAUGGAAAUUCUCACGUCUCUGUAAUACGAUAAAGUGGUUUACAACGGGACUGAUGAAAAAUGUCGCAUUAUUUUUGUUUUCUACAAAAUUUUAUGCAAAUUCGGCUACUGUAGGAGGAUUUUUAAUGCACGACAGAUGACAUUUGGUUCACAGUGACAAUUAUUGUCUGCCGAUGCGCUAAAGUAUCGAAAUUUACGGCGCUUCACAAAUGUCUCUCGAGUAUCCGAAAACGAUCAUCAGCAGCUCGACUCUUGGCUGGGAAAAUCUAGCAGGCAGUCCGUGCGUGUUUCCAGAAAUAUUGUCCAUCUUUCACACUUCGAAGCAGCGCUGACUUAUCCUGUACACAUAAUGUAGUGUUGGAAAACCCGCUUUUCUUUCAAGCGCGACAUUAUUUUAAGUAAACCGUGCCACGUCGAAAAUAAUGGUUAUAUUUUUACAAAACGUGUGUAUAACAAACCCACAAUAUAUCGUUCGAUUUCGCAAAUUCGCAAUCUCAACGAGAACCUGCACAACACCCCCUCGAUGCUCAAAGUCCAAAAAAAGAAAUGCCUCCGAUAGCCGUACAAUACACACCCGCAGAGAAAAAGUGCACGUGCUCUCUCUCUCUCUCGCUCUCUCUCGCUCUCUCUCGCGCACAGCCGGCACCAUAUCGUACCUAUAUGUGCAUACAACCACACGCAUGGCAUAGAGACGCCCGGCAGCUGAACGGUGGCGGCGGCGGCGGCGGCGGCGGCGGCGGCUGCGGCAAAGGGGACGAGAGACGAAAAUCUCGAAAGAGGAAGGGAGGCUGCGCGCCGCUCGCACACGGCGGCUAUAUGUAGCCCCGACUUGACGGCGCGGCCACUACUGCGCCCCAGAGCUGCGAGGCGUGCGUAUCGUCGUCGUUGCUCGAGUUCUCUGUGCUACUGUUAUAUCCAAGCGACCGGUAUAUACAUAGGGAGGGAAAAGAUCGGUUUGUGAAAUCGGCGGACUUUUUGUAUACAGUGGAAUGAAGAGAGUGUGAUUACCGCCGAUUUUGUUGAGACCGUUACACGAUCGGUAUAAACGCAUAGGCGAAGGAGCUUGUCGAAGAAGCUAGAGGAGGAGAGAUGCCGAGAGCUUUUCUCAUCACGAGGCGCCGGUACAAUGGCACCGGCGAGUUCGAAGAAAUCGGCAGGGAAUACAGUCCAGAGCGCGGUGUGCGUCUAGCCGAGUACGGCGGUGGCCAGCAGCCGACAUCCGACGGGGCGAGCGAGUGCGGCAGCGAGAGCUCAAGCGAGUGCCCCGAGGAGCUCUACAACUUGACCAAACUGGCGGAGGUGAGCUUGGCCGCCGCGGCCGGUACGCUGGUCCAUCCGGCGACGAACGUGUACCAUCAGAGACCGGCACCUCUGCCGGCGUCGCAGCAGCGGCUCUUCUUCGAGAGGAUGGAGGCCGAGAACCAGCAGCUUCACGAGCUCAAGUCCUGCAGGAGGGCCGGGGAGCGCCAGAGAUUCCCGGCUCCGUUCAAUCAGAACGGCGUGCAACACAUGACGACGAUGGACAUCGUGGCGACGCCGGCGCAGGCUCAGAACCCCAUGCUGGAAGGCCAGCACCAGAACUCGGGCCAGCAGGCGCAGGACGGCGCCGAGGAGCACGAGUGCCCCGACUGCGGCAAAAAGUACUCGACCUCCUCGAACUUGGCCAGGCACCGUCAGACCCACCGGUCCCUCGGCGACAAGAAGGCCCGGCGCUGUCCUCACUGCGACAAGGUCUACGUCAGCAUACCAGCCUUCAGCAUGCACGUGAGGACCCACAACCAGGGCUGCAAGUGCCACUUCUGCGGCAAGUGCUUCUCCAGGCCUUGGCUGCUCCAGGGACACAUUCGGACUCAUACUGGCGAGAAGCCCUUCAAGUGCACGAUCUGCAACAAGGCCUUCGCCGACAAGUCCAACCUGCGCGCUCACAUUCAGACCCACUCGAACACGAAGCCGCACGUCUGCGGCCGCUGCGGCAAGGCUUUCGCCCUCAAAUCCUACCUGUACAAACACGAGGAGUCCUCCUGCAUGCGCUCGCACCACCAGAAGCGCGAGACGUCCGUCAGUCCGACCUCCUCCUCCUCCUCCUCCUCCUCCUCCUCCUCCUCGUCGCCGAGGACGAUCUCGUCAUCGCCUUCGUCGUCCUACCCCACGAGCGUCAUCGUCCCACCGCGCGGUAACCCCGUGACUCAACCCCAGCAGCAGCAGCAGCAGACUCCAAACUCGGCCUUCUCGGCGAUAAUCAGACACACGGGUGUCGAGCCGGACGUCGAGGCUCAGAGGAGCAGAGACCUGCUGUCCCGGAUGGUCAUCAGGACGUCCGUCAUAUCGCCGAACCCCGAGCAUCUCGCAGCGAGGAAGAUCGCGGCGCCGUUGCAGCCGCCGCAUCAUCAACAGCAACAGCCGGCGAAUCAUCAGGUCUUCGAUUUCAACGAUCCACAAAGGCUCUCCGCGUUCUCCAGGCCACAGUCGAUGACUCUGAACCUGGCGAUCGCCUGAUCGUUCGCCGAUUGCUUGGAUUUCGCCUGAACGAUCUUUACCGAUUUUUCGAUUUCGCGUACAAAGCUCAGGAUUCGAGAAAAAUUGGACUUUUUUAUACUCGUGCGCACGAAAUCGAAAGGUGUAUUUUUAACGAUGUUUCUGGUAAAUAUGAAUCGGAAAAGCAAUCGAAAGGUCCCGCGAGCGCAAAGUGCGGUUGCAUAAUUCUCAAUCCGGUUUUCCGCGUAUCAGUCUAAAUUUGUGAUCCAAAACGUAUGCACGUAUAUCACACACACACACACACACGUUCUCCACUCACUAGCAAGAGACGUUAUUCCAAAUGUGUAUAAAUAUAUACGUUUAUAUAUCUUUUCCUACUAGGGACCAUCUGUAGAGAGUACAGUACAUACAUAUAGCAAUAAACGUUAGCUUAAUAAGUCACCAAGUGCCUGUAUGCGUAUAUAAUAAAAUCCGCGCGUCGAUAACGCGAAACUGCAUUAUGCAUACACGAAUACUUGUAAAUAAAUAUCGCGAGCGUUCGCGUUGAACGCUGAGCCCGAUUCUCAGAGUGCCAUCUAAAAUUAAGUGCAUAGCGAAUAAUAACCAAUGCCCGUGCCACGGCAGCUACAAAGUCGCAUCUCCGUGUAAAUACCGAAUGCAAAUUAUAUGAGUUUUUAUCUUCACUAUGUCUUCAUACUACGCAAUAGAGUAUGCAUCGCUGUUACAUCUAUCUUCUUCUCUUUAAAGUGUUAUCGUUUACCUCUUCUUUUAUCUUCUUUUUAUAAUACCGACGUCGCCCUCGCCGGCGACUCGACCGAGUGUGUGAGCUAGUCGAACUCGUCUUGCGAUUAUCUUUCGAUGCCAAAAUCGUCCAAAGUUUGACUCUGCCAAUGGAAAUUUAAGGAAAAAAAAAUCGCGUCCGAGGCUGCGCGCGACUUUUCGCUCAACAAGCCUCUAUACAGCUACGAUACCAAUGUUUAAUGUUAACUUUCUUGCGACGACUCCAAAACGUGUACACGCUAUUUGUAAAUAUAUACUGUUAUGGUAUCGGUAUCACGUGUCGCGGAUCGUCGCUUUUAUUUUUUAUUAUACGUUAUGUAACUGUCGACCGGCGAAUAAGGAUGAGGCAUGCGAUCGAAGCGCGUGGAUGCAUAUAAGAUUCCGCGACGCAGUAUCGCGAGAUGGAGGCAGUUUUGAGUUUAAGAGUGUGCUAGAUUUUUAAGCUUUUUGAGUUUACCCAUUCGCCAGGCGACAAACGCCCGCGCGAGUGUGCGGAGUGUGUGGCUGCCUGCGUUUAUCCUAGUCAUCGUAACGAAGAAUAGCGCCUUGAGCAACUUUUGUUUUCUGGAACUGUGUACUUACGAAUUGUCCUUACGCAAAAAACGACGAUUGAAGCGAUUGGUUCUCUGUAAAGUUUCUUGUUAAAUUGGUAUAAAAUGGAAUGUAAUUUUGUUAAAGGUGUAUAAACCAGAAGUUUUAAAAAGCUAAAUUCUUGUACUGUAUGAAAAUUAUAGUUAAACCGGUUAGACAAACGAUUUCCUUACGAUAUAUUAUGCUGACUGUAAGUGAUAAGAUAACUUUUCUAUAAUGAACUGUAAAUAGCAUUCCCUAUACUUAAUUAUCUUAUAGCUGUUAGCGCAACGUUAUUUUAUAAGUUUUUAUUCAACUGUAUAUUAAUGGGCUUUGACAUCAUGCACAAGUCGAUACUUUCACCCUUGCCUGCUCGACCUGUAAUUUACAGAGUGCCUAUAUAUACAUAUACACAGAUUUUUACGACUAUUUUCAGUACAUUUUGUGAGAAGAGUCUAAUGUCUUUAAAUAAAGAAACAUUAUAUAAGAUA